AUGAACCUUACUCUUUACGAGUUAUAUCCAGGAACAGGAGAAUACAACAAACUAUUCGAAGACGGCAUCUAUUCUUGUGCAGGAUGUGGGACUCCUCUUUACAAAUCCGCCACCAAAUUCGACUCCGGUUGUGGCUGGCCUGCUUUCUUUGACGGCCUUCCCGGUGCUAUAAACCGAACUCCUGAUCCAGAUGGGAGAAGAAUCGAGAUCACUUGUGCGGCUUGUGGGGGACAUCUCGGCCAUGUUUUCAAAGGAGAAGGUUUCCCUACACCUACCGAUGAGCGACACUGUGUGAAUAGUAUCUCUCUCAAGUUCGCACCAGGGAAUCAAGACUUGUAAUAACGUACUUUGUGUUGUGUAAUGCUUCUGUCUAUUUCUUGUGUGUCUUGCUCGUUGUAACCAGUGUUCAGUUCCACUAAUGUCGUUCAAUCAAAAGUCUUGAGACUCUUGGUAUUGUCAUAAUCAUACAUAAGAUUUUACACAAACCGGCGAAUAAAGUAACUUCACUUC